UGCGGAGCGUACGUGCUGAGGGGGUGGCGUCGCGCGACGGCUGAGCGGCGAGAGGGAGGAUUUGGCGGGAGUGCGAAGAGCUCGCGGUCGGGGAGGCUACGCACCAUGAGCGCGCGGCUGAGCGAGGGGGCCAUCGCGGCCAUAAUGCAGGGAGAGAAUAAUUUAAAGCCUGUCCUCCAAGUCAUUAACAUCCGUGCCAUAGCCACAGGAAAUGGGCCACCUCGUUACCGUGUGCUGAUGAGCGAUGGGGUGAACACACUUUCCUCUUUCAUGUUGGCUACACAGCUGAACUCUCUAAUUGAAGAGGAGCGCUUGUCUGCCCACUGUAUCUGCCAGGUUAACAGAUACAUUGUUAACAGCCUGAAAGAUGGAAGGAGAGUGAUUAUAUUGAUGGAUUUAGAUGUUCUGAAAACAGCUGAUGUGGUUGGUGCAAAUAUUGGCAAUCCAGUACCAUACAAUGAAGGACAGGGGCACCAGCAGCAACGUUCCUCAGCUCCAGCAGCCAGCCCAGCACACAGCAAACCACAGCAGCAGAAUGGAAAUUCAGCAGUAGGCCCCACUACUACUAAGUACCAUGGCCCCUCAAAGCAGUUUGGUAAAGCAGGUGGUACUAGCUUCUUGAGCACCCCUGGUGGAUCACAGUCCAAAGUGGUACCAAUUGCCAGUCUGAACCCAUACCAAUCCAAAUGGACCAUUUGUGCUCGUGUUACCCAGAAAGGCCAGGUUCGCACAUGGAGCAACUCCCGUGGUGAAGGAAAGCUGUUCUCUAUGGAGCUGGUUGAUGAAAGUGGUGAAAUCAGAGCUACUGCUUUCAAUGAUCAAGUGGACAAGUUCUUUCCCCUCAUUGAAUUGAACAAGGUGUAUUACUUCACCAAAGGCCAUCUGAAGACAGCUAACAAGCAGUACACAGCUGUGAAAAAUGACUAUGAGAUCACAUUCCAUAAUGAGACUUCUGUUGUACCCUGUGAGGAUGCUCAGCACCUUCCUUCAGUUCAGUUCGAGUUUGUGCCCAUCUCUGACUUGGAGAACACAUGCAAAGACUCAAUUAUCGACAUAAUUGGAGUCUGUAAGAGCUAUGAGGACAGCACUAAAAUUACAGUGAAAUCUACCAAUAGAGAGGUGUCCAAGAGGAAUGUGCAUUUGAUGGAUACAUCGGGGAAGAUGGUGACAGCUACUCUUUGGGGAGAUGAGGCUGAAAGAUUUGAUGGUUCUAGACAACCUGUGGUAGCCAUCAAAGGAGCCAGAGUCUCUGAUUUUGGUGGCCGGAGUCUCUCUGUCCUGGCCUCGAGCACAGUCGUGGUGAACCCAGAUAGUCCAGAAGCAUUUAAGCUCCGAGGAUGGUUUGACUCUGAAGGGCAGCUUUUGGAAUGUACCUCAAUCUCUGAUCUGAGAGGUGGACCAACAAUUGGGGGAAAUACCAACUGGAAAACUUUGCAUGAAGCUAAAUCUGAAAAUUUGGGACAAGGAGAUAAGGCAGAUUAUUUUAGCUGCGUGGGCACAGUGGUAUUCCUGCGCAAAGAGAAUUGCAUGUACCAGGCAUGUCCCUCUCAGGACUGCAAUAAAAAAGUGAUAGACCAACAAAAUGGACUGUAUCGCUGUGAGAAAUGCGAUCGCGAGUUCCCCAACUUCAAGUAUCGCAUGAUACUCUCGGUGAACAUUGCAGACUGUCAGGAGAAUCAGUGGGUGACUUGUUUUCAGGAGUCAGCAGAGGUCAUUCUUGGACAAAAUGCUGCUUUCCUGGGAGAACUGAAAGAAAAGAAUGAGCAGGCAUUUGAGGAAGUGUUCCAAAAUGCCAACUUCAGCUCAUACGAGUUCAGGAUCAGAGUCAAGUUGGAGACUUACAAUGAUGAAUCUCGUAUUAAGGCUACAGUACUGGAUGUGAAGCCUGUGAACCACAAAGAAUACAGCAAGAGGCUGAUCAUGAACAUCAGAAAAAACGCAGUACAGCUAGGUUGAGAAGGAUGGUGUUGAUUGAGCUGAAACUAGAACUUCCACACAGAAUAACUAAAGAGCUGAAGUUAAAUUGAUUUCUUCCCACCCCAUGUGACAAUUUGGCAUUAGUUAUACAGUGCAUGGUAGCCCUUUAUAGUGGGAAAGUGAUUUCAUGGAAUCCUGUGUGCAGAUAUCCCAGUGGUAAGUUAAAAGAAAGUCCAUAAUAAACCGAGGCCUCCUGAGUGCUCUAUCUUGGUCAAUUAAACUAUGGCAGAGCUAAAGAGGAAUCACUAGACAAACUGAUACUAGUUGCUCCAGCAGGCCUGCAACCUGUGUUAAGAUUUCAUUCUUCAGACAUUUUGUAUGCCUUUGCUAAAGUAACUUUGCUCUCUUCAGAGAUUUAAAGCUAAAUUACAGACAGAUUUUUUUCUCUUCUCUUCUUUUUUUUUUUUUACUAGAUGAGACUGGUGACACCCUUGACACUUUUGACUUGUUCUGAAGGGGGUGAAGGGGAGGGAGAGACUGUCAUACAGCUUUCUGAUGUGGACUAAGGAGAAAGAAAGGGCCUAUCAGCACGAGUCAGUUCUCCUUCCGCAGAAUUCAAAGGCUUUCUCUUUCCACAGGUGCCAGGCAGUUGUUAAUGCUUGGAAUGGCAAUAUGGUAGAAUUAUUAAUCAAAGACACAUCUCUCAUAUCUGAAGAAUAUCCUUCCUUCAGGGUUUAUCAGACUGAGUCAGAUGGGUCUGAUAUUAAUCAAAAUUGUCUCUUCUGGGAGAAGCUGAUAAGCAUUGACUCUCUGUCCCCCAGGGAAAUCUAGGCAACUACAAAGCAUUGCUUUAGUUUUCACUUCACAUACUUCUUGCCUUAUACAUAUUUCUUGUGUUGGUGUUUAAUUUCUUUGGUUUUGUUUGUAAAAGUGUUAAUCAGAAAGAAGUUUGUAAAUGGGGGCCACUUUAUGUUAAAACUGUGUUUCAAUAAACAAUAACAAUAAACAACAAAGCUUUUUGUU